CUCUAUUUCUUAUUGUAUCUAAUAUUAUACCGCCCAACUAGCAACAAUGGAAAUCAGAACUGAAGAAGAAAUGGUAUCUUCUUCUCCGAUUCACAAGGUGAACUUCAGUACCCCUCCAAGAACAUUUGGGAUGUUGCUAAAAAAGCGCAUGAAAGAAACCAUCUUUCCUGAUGAUCCAAUCCAACAGUUCAGGAAUGAAUUAUCUUUUUCCAAAAGAGUCAUAAAAAUCUUGACAUACUUCGUACCCAUAUUCGAAUGGCUUCCAAACUACACUUUUAACUUAUUGAAGUCUGAUCUUCUAGCUGGAAUCAGCAUUGCCAGCCUUGCCAUUCCUCAAGGAAUCAGUUAUGCCAAACUCGCUAACGUUCCCCCCAUCAACGGUUUAUAUUCGAGCUUUGUGCCUCCUCUAGUUUAUGCAAUAUUUGGAAGCUCAAAGCACAUUGCAGUGGGAACGAUGGCGACUUGUUCAUUGCUGAUAUCGUCAAUUAUAGGAGAAAAGGUGUCGCCAAUUGAGGACCCCACUUUGUACCUUCAUCUCGUCUUCACCGCUACUUUCAUCGCAGGCGUUUUCCAGACCGCUAUGGGUUUCUUAAGGCUAGGAAUAUUGAUGGAUUUCUUGUCUCAUUCGACGAUCACUGGAUUCAUGGGAGGUACUGCUACGAUCAUCAUCCUGCAACAGCUCAAAGGCGUGUUUGGAGUCAUCCAUUUCACUACCAAGACCGAUGUCGUUUCUGUUGUCCGGGCUCUUAUCGCUCACCGGCAUGAGUGGCGAUGUGAGAGUGCAGUCUUGGGGAUCAUCUUCCUUGCAUUCCUCCAAUUCACCAAAUAUUUGAAGCAAAAGAAGCCCAAGCUAUUUUGGGUGUCAGCAGUGGCGCCUAUGUUGGUGGUGGUUACUGGAUGUAUUUUUGCGUAUUUUGCUCAUGCUGAAAAACAUGGCAUUCAAACGGUGGCUCAUAUAGGGAGGGGAAUAAAUCCUUUGUCUCUUAAACAUUUGAAUUUCGACUCGAGAUAUAUUUCGGUGUCUCUUAAAGCUGGGUUGAUCACGGGAAUAAUCUCUCUUGCUUCAGGGAUAUCCAUUGGGAGGAGCUUUGCCAUAAAGGAGUAUGAUCAUAUUGAUGGGAAUAAGGAGAUGAUUGCUUUUGGUUUUAUGAAUAUUGUUGGAUCUCUGACUUCAUGUUUCUUAACUACAGGGACAUUUUCAAACACGGCAGUGAACUUCAAUGCUGGUUGUAAGACAGCAAUGUCUAAUGUGGUGAUGGCAAUAUGCAUGUUGCUUACACUUCUCUUAUUGGCUCCUCUCUUUAGAUUCACUCCUUUGGUGGCUCUUUCCUCCAUUAUUAUCUCAGCCAUGCUUGGGCUCAUUGACUAUAAAAAAGCUUAUCAUCUCUUCAAGACCGACAAGUUUGAUUUCCUUAUUUGCACUGCCGCCUUCUUUGGUGUUUCCUUCAUCAGCAUGGACAUCGGCCUAAUGCUCUCGGUGGGGCUUGCUAUAUUGAGGUCACUUUUAUAUGUGGCUAGACCAGCCACUUGUAAGCUUGGGAACAUGCCGAACUCAACCUUGUACCGAGAUGUCCAACAAUAUCCUGAAGCCAAAGGGAUCCCUGGUUUCCUAAUCCUGCAGCUCGGUUCUCCCAUCUAUUUUGCUAAUUGUGGUUAUAUAAGGGAAAGGAUAUUGAGAUGGCUCAGAGAUGAACAAGACAACUAUGUGGUGAACAUUUUGUUGGAUUUGGGAGGUGUGACGGCCAUUGAUAUAAAUGGGGUUGAGACUCUUGAAGAAAUCCACAAAGCUUUGUUGGAAAAAGGGAUCAAGAUGAGUUUAGUGAAUCCAAGACUGGAGGUAUUGGAGAAAUUUACACUGACCAAGUUCACUGAAGAAUUUGGACAAGAGAAUGUGUUUUUGUCAAUCGAUGAAGCGAUCGAAUCAAACAAAUUCGCUCAAGUGUGAGAGAGAAGGUUUAUUAUGCAUUAUUAGCCAAAAAAAAAAAGAAAGAAAUACGGGACAAUACUUCGAGUCAAAAACAGAUUUGCAAUGACAUCACAAUUGGAGUCGAGGUUUUCAAAACCUUCAACUAUUGGAUCUUUCAGAAAUUGGGCAUCGAUGUCAAUAUUAUCGCUCCAACUACAACACUACAGGCGAAAUAGUCUUCUGGACUAGCUUUUAUUGACUUGUAUUGUUUGAAAAUUUGUAAACUGUUGUUACAUGUUUGAUUCUGUAUUUCUUUAUUUUACUAUCUAUCAUUUUUGUUUCUUUAGAACUUAUUUAAUUAUAUUAAAAAGAAGAGAGUAUGAGACUCCUAAAUGUAACUAUUUGUAAUAUUGUUUAGAUUUGAGAGUCUAAAGAGAUAAAUGGAUAGGUUGGGUGAGAGUUGUAUUAUUUAUUUUGUAUAAUAUAUCUUUGAGCA